AUGAUUUUUAAUCAAGGGUCAAUGCAUUCUAACCUUGAUUGCUUCGUUCGCUCUACAACACCCGUUGUUCAAUCUCAAUUUCUACCAAAGUCGGAAAUUAUGAACCUGAACCGUUUGUGGCAACCAUGGGAAAGAGAAACAAUGGAAUAUUUUACUUUAGGUGAUUUAUGGAAAUGUUAUGAUGAAUGGAGUGCUUAUGGAGCUGGUGUUCCAAUCACGUUAACUAGUGGAGAAACACUUGUUCAAUACUAUGUUCCUUAUCUUUCUGCAAUUCAGAUUUUCACUAGCAACACUUUCAGGGAAGAGACAGAAUCAGGUGAUUGUGAGACAAGGGAUUCUUGCAGUGAUUCUUAUAGUGAUGAGAGUGAAUGUGAUAAGUUAUGGAGAUGGGAUGGAACUUCAUCAGAAGAAGGAGGAUAUGAACAAGAUUGUCUAUGGCAUUUGAAUGAUAGAUUGGGUCAUCUUUAUUGUCAAUAUUUUGAAAGAUCAAAUCCAUAUGGAAGAGUACCUCUAAUGGAUAAGAUAUCUGGAUUAGCCCAAAGAUACCCAGGGUUGAUGUCACUAAGAAGUGUGGAUCUUUCACCAGCAAGUUGGAUGGCUGUUGCUUGGUACCCAAUAUAUCAUAUUCCUAUGGGAAGAACAAUUAAAGAUCUUUCCACAUGCUUCCUUACUUACCAUACACUUUCAUCUUCAUUUCAAGGGAUGGACCUUGAUGAUGAUAUUGAAGGUGGACAAGAAAAGAAAAAGGAAGGAGAAAACAUCUCAUUGCCAGCCUUUGGAUUAGCAACAUACAAGAUGCAAGGUGGGAAUGUGUGGGCAGGAGGAAAUCGUGGUCGGGACCAAGAAAGACUAAUGUCACUAUUAAGUGUGGCAGACUCAUGGUUAAAGCAACUAAGGGUUCAACAUCAUGACUUCAAUUAUUUCAUGGGUAUUCGACAUGGCUAA